GGAGGGUCGGAAAGAUGGCGCUCCGCCCCGGGAGCGUCACCGGAGCGCGCGUGCGCAAGCCCGCACACGGCUCCGGAUUGGCGGUGCAGCGGGGCGGUGCUGACAGUUGCGUGCAUGGGGGUGGGGAGGCGAGUGGGUGAAGGGAGGGAGUGUAAAUAGAGCGAGGGAAGUUUCCCGGCUGCCCGGCCGCUUCCGAGCGAGUCCCGAAGAGCCCCGGACGGAGAUGGAAGAAGACGAGCAGGAGGAGCGGCGCAGGAAAGUGGAGGCCGGAAGAGCCAAGCUUGCUAGCUUCCGACAGAGAAAAGCAAAAGGUGACGGUCCGAAUUCGAAGAAAAAGACGGCGAAGAGGAAGGGUUCGGCUGUCAAUGCGCCUGUCCAGGAGGAGGGUUCGGUAGCCACUCAAAACAGCGAGCUCCCCCAGGAAGGGGCUGGUUUUGAAAGCAAGUCAUGCAGCAGCACCCUGGAGGGGACCCGAGGGGCGUUUGCAGCCCAGGAACGACAAGACUGUGAACUGGAUGAGACUGGUCUGCAGGCACAGCAGCAGCAACAGCAGCAGCAGCCACAGCUGCAGCCACAGCUGCAGCCACAGCCACCCCAGACAGCCCACAGCCUUGAGCUCGAAGCUCUGCGCCUGAGCCUGAACAACAUGCAUACGGCACAGCUAGAGCUGACACAAGCCAACCUGCAGAAGGAGAAGGAGACCGCAUUGACAGAGCUGCGGGAGAUGCUCAAUGGCCGGCGGGCACAGGAGCUGGCGCUGCUGCAGAGCAGGCAGCAGUGUGAGCUGGAGCUGAUGCGAGAGCAGCAUGCCCGUGAGAAGGAAGCGGUGAUGCAAGAAACAGCUGAACUGAAGGAGAAAUUGCGUUCAGAAAUGGAGAAGAACGUCCAGAUGAUAGAGACUCUGAAGCAAGACUGGGAAUCUGAAAGAGAGUUGUGUUUGGAAAAUCUCCGCAAAGAAUUGUCCGCAAAACACCAGUCGGAAAUGGAGGCCUUGCAAAACCAGUUUCAGAAAGAAUUAGCGGAACAGAGGGCUGAGUUGGAGAAGAUUUUUCAAGCCAAGCACGAGGCUGAAGUCUCCCUGAAGAACCUGGAGACCCAGCACCAGGCCGCGGUCAAGAAAUUACAGGAAGACCUGCAGUCGGAACACUGCCAGUAUUUACAAGAUUUAGAGGUCAAGUUCAGAGAAAAGGAGAAAGAAAAGGAGUUGGAGUUAGAGACUCUUCAUGCGUCCUAUGAAGACCUGAAGGCUCAGUCCCAAGAAGAAAUCAGACACCUGUGGUCCCAGCUCGAGUCUAUGAAAACCAACAGAGAGGAACUGAAUGGGUUAUGGGAAUCGCCGCUGGCCCGAGAUGCUCACCUGGAGGAGCUGGAGCACCUGCGAGCAGACUUCGCUCAGCAGCAGCAGCAGGAGAGAGCCCAGCACGAGUCUGAGCUGGAGCACCUGCGCGUCUAUUUUGAGAAGAAGUUGAGGGAUGCUGAGAAGACAUACCAAGAAGACCUGACCUUGUUCCAGCAACGGCUGCAGGAGACCAGGGAGGAUUCUCUGGAGUGUGGGGAGAUCAGUUCAUCCUGUAUAUUCCCAGAGGAGACAUUUGGCCCAGAAAGAAAGGAGCAACCCGAUCCACUUGGUCUUCGGCUUGAGCAGCCGCAGGAGAACUCGACAAGUUUACACGUAGGACUGGAAGAAGACCCCAGGCACGAAGCAGGUGUGUUGAAUUCUUCCCUCGAUUUCCAACUCAAGGAGGACAAGUCACACAGCCACCACCUGAGGCCCGAGCAAGCCGAACAGGAGAGACUCACACUUGGAUUCUCAGACCAGCACAGCCAAGAGCUCACACAAGGACGUCUCCAGUAUGAACAGGACAUGGCUUUGGAGGUGGAUGCUCAGGUGGCUGCCAGAAUCCUGAGUUUGGAAGCUGAACAGAAGGUUAAACUUUCUCUUCUUCAGACUGAGCUCAAGGAAGAAAUUGAACUCUUAAAAAUAGAGAACAGAAAUUUACAGGAGAAGCUUCAGCACGAGACCCACCUGAAGGAGGACCUGGAGAAUGUCAAACGUAGCCUAGUCGAAGACCAUCAGGUAAAACUAAAUAAAGCUGAGGAGAAGAUUCAGCUGUUGAAACAAGAAUUCCAAAGAAAGGAAGCAGAAUGGGAGCGUUCACACGAGACCCUAAAGAGAGAAGCCGAAGAGAGAUUAACCUCCAUGUUUCUCGAGCUAAGAGAAAAGGCCGAGUGUGAGAAACAGUCCAUAAUAAGCAGGUUUGAGCUUCGGGAGUCUGGCAUGAGGCACCUGCAGGACCAGCAGGCGGCCCAGAUCUUGGACCUGGAGAGAUCUCUGAUGGAGCAGCAGGGCCGCCUGCGGGAGCUGGAACAAGAACUCACUAGAGAUGAAGCUCUGCCCUGUAGCCAGUGUGGCCAGGAGCCCCUUGUGGCCCCGGAUGAGGAGCAUGCCACGCUCCUCCGUGAGAAGGAAGACUGUGCCCUCCAGCUGAUGAUGGCCCAGAACAGGUUUUUGGAAGAGCGUAAAGAGAUUAUGGAGAAGUUUGCCAAGGAACAAGAUGCUUUCUUUCGGGAUGCCCAGGAGAAGCACACCCAUGAACUCCAGCUCCUGCAGCAGGGACACCAGCAGCAACUUCAGGCCCUGAGGAUGGAGCUCGAGACCAAACACCACUCUGAGCUCGCCGAACAGCUUGCUUCCCUGGAGAGCAGGCAGCAGGUACUUCUUGAGACGCAUGUGGCUGAGCUGCAGGUAAAACACAAUGCUGAAAUCAGCGCUUUAGAGAUGAGACAUUUGUCCAAUUUGGAUGCGUUGGAGUCCUGUUACUUGGCCGACGUUCAGACUAUUCGGGAUGAGCACAGAAAGGCUUUGGAGCUUUUGCGAGCAGAGCUCGAGGAGCAGCUACAGAAAAAGGACUCCUCUCACAAAGAGCUUUUGACACGUGAGUUGGAAAAACUGAAACAGAAACACGAUGAGGAGCUUCAGUCUGCGGAAGACAGCUUGAGAGUCAGAAUGCAAGCCAGACACACAGGGACCGGGAAAGACCCGGCCACUGACCUGCCAGGCGCACAGCAGCAGGAGGAACUGAGGGCUCAGAGGCCCCUGCUAGAGAAGGACGGGCAUGCAGCCUUGGGUAGCGUGGGUGCUGAGGUCCUGCUGCACCAAGCUGUGCCUGAGGAUCGGGGAGCCACACACACUGUUGAAAUGCAGAAGCCACAAGCAGAGUUGGCCAAACCUCCAGAGCUGCAGGCAUCUCAGGAACAGGCUGCACAGCUGAAAGGCCAGGUCUUCUCGCUGAGUCGGGAGCUCGAAGAGUGCCGCACGGAGCUGGAGAGGCUGCAGCAGAGGCGGGAGCGGGAGAACCAGGAGGGCGCCACUCUCAUCUGCAUGCUCAGGGCCGAUGCAGACCUGGCUCGGAGCGAAGGGAAAGUACUCCGCGAUGCUCUGAGGAGACUGCUCGAUUUGUUUGGAGAAACACUGAAGGCUGCUGUCACCCUAAAGAGCCGAAUCAGUGAGCGUGCGGGGCUCCUCCUGGAUGUGGAUGCUGCAGAUACAAGUGAUGCCCGGUUAGCAGCUGCAGCCCUUGGCGACAUGUGGUCUGACGAGGGUCUACUUGAGAUAGAUAGAACUCUGCCUGAAGGGGCGGAGACGUCCUCAGUGUCAGAAAUUAGCAGUCAUGUGUGCGAAAGCUUUUUUAUGAGCCCCGAAAACACACUGGAGUGUGAGCAGCCCAUUAGGAAAGUCUACCAGAGCCUCAGCUCGGCUGUGGAUGGCCUCCUGGAAAUGGCCCUGGACUCUACUAAACAGCUGGAGGAAGCACGCCAGCUCCAUCGUUGUGUUGAGAAAGAGUUCCGUCAUAGGAAUGAGGAGAUGGCGCAGGCUGUGCAGAAGCAGCAGGAGCUGCUGGAACGCCUGAGGCAGGAGAGUGCGGCCAAGGAUGGGCUGACCCUGGAGUUGCACACUGCAGAGGGGCUCCUUGAAGGACUCAAGGUGGAGAAAGCAGAUCUGCAGGAGACACUGGGGAAGAAGGAGGAGUCGGAACAGCAGCUGAUCCUGGAGCUGGAGAACCUGCAGAAUCAGCUGCAGCAAGCAGCCCAGGAACUGGCCACGCUGAGGGAAGAAAACUCUGUCCUGUGGAACCAGAAGGAAACUUUCACUAAUGAAGCAAAAGAAAGAGAAGCUGCCCUGCAGAAGGAAGUGGAAUCUCUGACCAGAGACCAGUGGGAGGCCAGGAAGCAGUCUGAGAAGGACCGUGCCACCCUACUCUCUCAGAUGCGGGUCUUGGAGUCUGAGUUGGAGGACCAGCUUGUGCAGCACCGGGGCUGCGCCCAGCUGACUGAGGAAGUGACCACCCUGAAGCAGCAGCUGGCUGCCCUAGACAAGCAUUUACGUAGCCAGCGUCAGUUCAUGGAUGAGCAGGCUGCUGAGCGUGAGCACGAGCGUGAAGAGUUCCAGCAGGAAAUCCAGAAGCUGGAGGAGCAGCUCCGCCAGGCAGCCCGGCCACGGCCUCCUGGGUCCCGUGACCGCCAGUGUGCGCAGCUAGAUGAGGAGGUUGAAUUGUUACAAGAAAAAUUGAGAGAAAAAUUAGAUGGAUUUAAUGAAUUGGUCAUAAAGAAAGAUUUUGCAGAUCAACAAUUGUUAAUCCAAGAAAAAGAAAUUAAACGUCUCGAGGAGACAAAUGUCAACAUACAAAGACAAAUGGCCCAGCUCCAGGAAGAACUGGAGAGACAGAAAAGACACAUGGAAGAAUUCAAAGAUAAAGAGGUGCUAAAGCAAGAACACGCGGGUGACUUGCUGCUACCCCCUGUACCACAGUGUAGGGCGGACGAAGCUGGGUUUCCUGUGCCUUCUCAGGACAGCCCUCCUAGGGGUCCUGAGACCCAGCCAGAGGUGACAGAGAGAGCACUCCUGCAGGAUGAGAAUGAGGUUGUCCCCAGUAGGAACUCCGAGAUUGAGGAGCUGAAAGCCAUCAUCGACACUCUGCGGGAAGACCAAGAACAAUUACAGAAGAAUAAGGCAGAAGAAAUUGAGCAGCUCCAUGAAGUCAUCGAGAAGCUGCAGAGUGAGCUGACCCUUAUGGGGCCCAAGGUGCAUGAACUCAGUGAUCACCAGGCUAACAGUCUCCACGACGAGCUGUCCUGCCUCCGCGCAGAAGACCGGCGUGAAAAGGACCUACGGAAUGAGCUGGAAACUGCACAGGCUGCCAAGGAGGUCUUUGGCCAGCUUCUGGCAGACCAGGCACAUGGACACAGCCAAGUCCUGGAGGCACUGCAGCAGCGUCUACAAGAUGCCGAGGAGGUUGCUGCAAGACGCUUGGCUGAACUAGAACAUUGUGUGGCCCUCAAAGAGGCUGAGGUUGAAGGCAUGGCCUCCCGGAUCCAAGAAUUUGAAGCCAUCCUGAAGGCAAAGGAGGCAGUCAUUGUGCAGAGAGAUUUGGAGAUUGACACCAUCAAGAAGUGGAAAGUAACUCAUUCCCUUGAGCUGGAGACCAUCCUCUUGGCUUUGACACACUUCUGUCAUGCUCUGGAACAGCAGACCUUGGCCACCCCUGAGGAGCCUCCUGAGCUCCAGCAGCUGCGAAUGCAGUGCGCUCGCCUCAGCCACCAGCUGCAAGUGCUGCACCGGCGCUUCCUGAGUUGCCAGGUGGAGCUGGACCGGCAACAGGCUCACGAAGCAUCUGUUGGCUGCUCAUCCCCUUGUGUGAAUGCACAGGCGAAACAUGACGGUCAGUUGGAGCAGGACAGUGUCAGCACGGGGCUGGCCUUGGUGCCCCACAGCUCGGCUCCACAGGAUAAUCUACAGCCUGCCAAAGUUCUCAUGACACUAAAGGAUGCCAGUCUCCACAAGGCGGAAAGUGUGAGGUCGCUGCUCGCAGUCUGCCAGAGGUGGUUGGAGACAGAGAUGCUUUUAGUGAAGAAUGCAAAGCCUUUGAGCCUGGAGGAUGACAGCGAGGCUCUGGAAGGGGUGCAGGCUAAGGAAAAGCAGCCGGAAGCUUGUCAGCUGGGCAGUGCGACUCUCAUAGCCCAAGUGAAACAACUUCAGGAGAAACUGAACCACCUGGUGCAAUCCAUGGCUUCUAGGGACACCAGCAUGGAAAAUCCUAAAUUACCACAGCCGAACCUAUCAGAAAAUGGUUCCAGUAAUAAUUGUUAUAACGAUGAAGAAAACAGUGUGUCCCCUCCAGUUGAUGGAUUUAAUAUUGCUAAAACCACGUGGGAUCUCAUCGAUGUCAUUCAAAGUCAGGAUUUGUUGGCCCAGAGUGAAAUGCCAAGUUUUCCCCCUCAAGAAACAUUAACACUACAAGGCGGACCUCUUUCCUCUCAAAUCAGUGUGCACACUGAGGAGGCUAAGCCCCACAAGGACCCAGCAAGGGCCCUGGACCUGUCUUCCUGGAGUUCCCCUGAGGUCCUCCGGAAGGACUCAAGCCUCGAGCCCCAGCACAGCCUUCCCCUGACACCCCACACAGAUACAGUGAGCCUACACAGUGUAGACACCUCCUCCCAAGGCUGGACGGACUCACUGCUGCUGGCCGAUGCGUCAGGGCUGCUUUGUUACCCGGGCAGGUCAGCAGCAGGACAGGCCCCGCUGUGGGUGCUGGCUCCUUCGGCUGAGACCCGCCAUGUGGAGAGGCCAGCUGCGGAGAAGGAUGUCGAAGACUUUAUUGUAACAUCUUUUGAUUCUCAAGAAUUAUUAACAUCCCUUCAUGAGUUAGCACGAAGAAGUGAUGGGAGUGGGAAAAGCAAUGGCCCGAGCAGUGCUCUGAUGCUGACUCCCACCACCAGUCUUGCAACUGCUGAUGCCCUUCCUCUGUCUGGAAGAUUUGGCCAAUCCCCAGGAGCAAUGAAGGAGAAGGAAAUCCAUGCAAAGCACAUGAAGGCUUUGCUGCAGAUGGUAUUUGAUGAGAGCCACCAGAUACUGGCCUUAUCAGAGAACCAGGACCUCCCCAAUUCGCUGAACAAGGGUGAACCGCUGGAUGGCCUUCCAAGGGACAGACAGGCCCUUUUGGAGGUGACAGCCGACAGAAGAGAGAAGGAAUCUUUGGAAACACGCCUUUCAUGGAGUGAAGGGCUUUUGCGGGCCCUGCAAGAAGUGUUUGCCAGGGAGCAGGAGAAUGCCGGGCUGCAGUCUAGACCUUAUGGCUUAGAACUAGGGGAUUAUAAUGCCCUGUUCAAGAGGCUGGAGAAGGUUAUUCAAGAGCGGGGAGACCUGCAGAAGGUCCAGGAACACCUGUGUCUGCCAGACAGGCAUAGCCUGCUCUCUGAGGUUCAGGCUCUGCGUGCUCAGCUCCGCAUGACACACCUCCAGAACCAAGAGAAGCUACAGCAAUUGUGUGCAGCCCUGACCAGCACAGAGGCCCGUGGGAGCCAACGGGAGCACCAGCUGCGGAGACAAGUUGAACUUUUGGCAUACAAAGUUGAACAGGAAAAGUGCAUAGCUAACGACUUACAGAAAACCUUGAGCAAAGAGCAAGAGAAGGCGAGCGAUGUCCGGAAACUCCUGAUGGUGGAACAGAGUGCAGUACAGGAUCUGAAGUCGGAGCUGCAUGCAUGUAAGCAGGAGAACACACGGCUGUUGGAGUCCCUGGACAAGGUGCAGCAGGAAGUCCUGCGGCUCAGAGCCAUGCUCGACGGAAAGGAGAAUGAACUGAGGGUUGCCCUUGAGGAGCUGGAGUGUGAGCGUGGAAAGGAGCGAGCCCUUCAGGCCCAGCAGGAGGAGCAACAGCUGCGGCACCUACAGAGGGAGGGCCAGAGCUCAAGGGCCCUGGAGGAGUUAAAAAUGUCUUUGGAGAAGCAGCGUGCUCAAAAUAACCAACUAUGCGUUGCUUUAAAACAUGAGCGUGCGGCCAAGGACAACCUGCAGAAGGAGCUUCAGAUUGAGUCCUCCCGCUGUGAAGCAUUGCUGGCACAGGAGAAGGGCCAGCUUUAUGAGCUGCAGAAGAGCCUAGAGGCUGAGAGGAGCCGCUCGCUGGAGCUUUCAGAGGCCUUACAGCACGAGCGGCUCUUGACGGAGCAGCUGAGCCGCAACGCGCAGGAGGCCUGUGCCCGCCAAGAGGCACAAGUGCAGCAUGCCUUAUUGCGAAAGCUGAAAGCAGAGAAGGCGCGUGCAUUGGAACUGGAAGGCAUGCUUGAAAAGGUGCAGAGACAGGCUGCACAAGCACAGAAGCAACUGGAAUCUCAGGCUCAGGAGCGCUGUGUAGAGCUCAGGAAAGAGAAGGAGGUAAGUAGCCACCUGCGAUCAGCCAUGGAUGCCUUGCAGAGCCACAAACAGGAGCUGGGAUGCUGUCUGGAGAGAGAGAGGGAGAAGUCAGCUUGGUUACAGGCAGAAUUAGAACAGUUAUCCACAAGAGUGAAAGAGCAAGAAGGCCACAAGGAUGCGAGGAGGAUGGAGAGGAGGUCAAGCCGAGCAGACGUGGAAACGAAGACCUGGCAGACAGACAAGGAGAAGCUGCGAGAAUUAGAAUUACAGCGCCAGCGUGAUGAGCAUAAAAUCGAGCAGCUUCAGCGGAUGGUGAGAGAGCUGAGGUGGAAAGAGAAGGUGCCUGGCGGGGAUGGCCCUUGCUGGAGCGCCCCCAGCCUGGGUUCUCUGGAGCCGAACCAUGUCCAGGAGCAGCAGCAGGAGCUGGAGAAGAUACGGCAGCAGCUUCUCUGUGCAGCUGGGCUCCUCACGAGCUUCACCAACCACACUGUGGACAGGACAAUUAAAGAUUGGACGUCAUCAAAUGAGAAGGCGGUGUCAUCCUUAAUGCACACUCUUGAGGAACUGAAGUCUGAACUGAGCAUGCCUACCUCCUCCAAGAAAAAGAUGGCUGCGGAACUCCAAGUCCAGCUCAUGAACGAACUGCUGAGAGACAACGAUGCCCUCACAAAAGCUGUCGGCAUAGCAACCCGAGAGAAAGCAGAGCUGUGCAGGACCGUCUCCCGGCUCGAGAAGACCCUGAAGCACCACACGCAGAAGGGCUGCCUUCUCAAUAGGCAAAGCAAGUCUUCAUGGAAGCAAGACGGGACAGUUUUGCAGGGUUCUCCGCGACACCCAGAUCCAGAGUGGCACACACCAACUGCAAGUGUGGAAGCAAGUUCCUGCAAUACCAAGAUGGAAAAACUGUACCUGCACUAUCUGAGAGCGGAGAGCUUCAGAAAAGCUCUGAUUUAUCAAAAGAAAUAUCUCCUGCUGCUGAUUGGUGGAUUCCAGGACUCGGAACAGGAAACCCUCUCCAUGAUUGCUCAUUUGGGGGUAUUUCCCUCCAAAGCAGAUAAGAAACUGACGACAUCUCGUCCUUUUACAAAGUUCCGCACUGCCGUGAGGGUUGUCAUCGCAGUAUUGAGGUUGCGAUUUUUGGUUAAGAAAUGGCAAGAAGUGGAUCGGAAAGGAGCGCUGAUCCAUUGCAGAAGCACCCGUCAAGGACAUCGAAUGUCCCGGAGACAGCAUUCUCCAUCAGAAACCAGAACAUCCCUGCCAACCAGAGAAGUUUCCUCAGGCCAUUUCAAGGACUCUAGGCACAGCCCCCGAUCCUCGGCAGCAGUCUCGCUGGGCAAGGAGGAAAGAUCAACUUCCUCACCAAAUUCAAGGUUAGAAAGAUCCCUGGCUGCUUCUCAAGAUGCAGAACAUUCCUUGACAGAAUAUAUUCAUCAUUUAGAAAUGAUCCAGCAAAGACUCGGGGGGUUGCCACCAGAUUCUACUCAGAAAUCCUGCCACCAGAAGAUUAAACAAUGAAUAAAGUCUUGUGGCUCUUAACCUGUGAUGGUUGUAUCUGAGGAGAGAUGGUUUUCCUAAGGAAAGCUCAUGGUAUGGUCUGGGACACUGCAGGAGUCAUGAUACCAGCCCGUAGCAACCGCCGAGUGUUUCCAACUCAACACACUGCUAAAUGGAGCACUUUUGGCUCCUUCCCUCCUCCCAGUGAACGAUGGCUGUGUUAUAUACUCUGUGCCUGUUGACAGAGCCGUCUGCCUCCUCCGUGUCAGAGUGCAGAGUGGUUCCCGUUGUUUAUUUUCUUAACGUGUGAGGUUGGAAAGUUCAUUUGAAAGUGAGCACACAGGAAGGGAAGAAUAAAGUUUAAGUAUUGUUGUUA